AUGCCUUCUGCGAUUAAGAAAAGGAAGGUCGCGGCGACUACCUCGAGAAAUGCAGCAACUACCAAGAUUCAACCAUUAAGUUCUUUUACUACAAUCUCAAAAGCAAGUACGAAUGCAGGAGCAGAUUCCAUUAUUGAUAAGAACAAACAAGUCGAUGGCCUACCAGUUACAGUUACUGAAUUGGAUAAGCCUUCAACAAAUUUGAGGAAGAGGAAGUUGGAUACCGAGGAGGAACCAAAUGUCAUUGAGAUAGCAACGACUGUGAAAGAUAUUAAAACACGUCCACAAUCGAUCCUUCCAUCAAAAGUUCCACAGACACCACAGAAACUCAUUAAAACGACCUCAAUUACGACCGAAACCCCAACCAAAGGCGCGCGCACGCUUCUCGAUCGGCUACUUCUACAAACUCCAAAAAGACCAGUGCUGAAAAGACCUUCGCUCUCACCUCUGCGUUCCAUCUCUUCGAGCUCUGGCUCAAACACAUCGAUACUUCCACCUAAACAUUCACAAACCCACGCCAACGAAGGCAAGGGCGAGGAAGAGGCAGAACCACAAGAAGACUCUAUACAAUCCCUUCCUACUGAACUCAUCGAGAUCAUAAACCUACACGCCUCCCUUCUUACAACCCUUACCCUCCACUGCGCCCACAAUGGAUCCAACGCACCCGCAGACCUACGAAAUCUCUGUCCAGAUAUCGCCCGAGCAUGGGGAAAGCGCAAAGUCAUCCUGGACGACAUCCGUCAGGCUCUUGGCAUCCUGAAUUAUUACAUCAGCACCAGUGCAGAAGAUCAAAAGCUUUCUACAAUAACACUCUCGGACUAUGGAUCUGGGAAAAUAUGUGUGGAAAUUGAAGCUGAGAAUGGAAAAGGGAAUAACCUGAGGCCGAUUGACGAAGAGAGACUUAAUGGCAUAUUUACCCAAGGAUUGAUUGCUCGAUGGGAGGCGAAGGGGGAGGAUAUCACCGUGGAUGCAUUUACGAAGGAAUUGCCAAUAGAAUCGAUCACGCCCUGCUCUUCACUCUCGAAGAUGACACCCCUCCUUGCCAAAGGUCAACGUCGACUCGAAGACAUGAAAGCCGGUGUUAUCGUUAAAAGGGAUCUCAGAAAAACAAAAUCUUCGCCCGCUCUCAUUGAAGCCGCCACUUCCACUUCCACCGAAAAGAAGCCUACCCUCCUCGAACGUCUCCGCGCCAAACAACUCCGCCAGUCUCUCCUCCCCCAAGCCCCCUCUCCCGCACAAGUAGCUCGCAAAGCAGCUUUGUCAAGAAUGGAGGAGGUGGUGAAGGUCCUCAGUAUUCUUAGUACAUCAGGGUCAGCUGGUCAACAGAGAAUUUCCUUCACAAUGCCGACGUUGAUUGGAAAAUUGAAGGAUUCGUUCAAAACUCCUAUAUCGAAAGAUGAGGCAAUCACCGUUGUGAAACUAUUUGCGGAAGAGAUUGCGCCGGAAUGGGUUCAAUUGGCAAAGAUGGGCAAGAUGGAAGCGGUAGUUUUUGAUAGGGAGAGAAGGGUAGGGGAGGAGGGUAUUAGGGAGAGGAUUCAGAAAGCCCAGAGUGCUUAA